AUGAUAAGUAUGGACGGGUGUGGCGCGCUGGGCGGCGUCGAGCGAGUAAGCUGCAAAACAACUGUAAAAAAAAAGAGAGGAGCGCUUACGGUCCGUGCGCCAUCAAGCAUCACGGGUUGUGAGGCCUCUUCUUAUUGCGCCUUGACGUGUCUGCCCCCCAUUUUUCGUUCCUUGUUAUUUGUUCCCUUCCACCACACUCGCUACUUCUGGUCGUUUUUCGCAACGCCUUUUCUGCUUCCCUACCCGCCCUAUUCGUUCGAUAUCGACAUGAUGAAACGCUCGAUGGACCCUGCUGGCGGCCCUGACUCGAAAAAAGCACGUUGGUCACCCACUUCGGGCUCCCCCCGCGAUGCCUAUGCCAACUACGGAUACGGAAACCAGGCCCAGCAGUCGCAGGCCCCACUCUACUCUACCCCGCCCCAGCUGUCCAUCAACACCAAUACGAAUGGCGGUCAAAUGAGCCCCAACUCUCUGGCUUCCUUCCAGCAGCAGCAGCAGCAACAACAACAGCAGCAGCAAGCUGCCGCGCAACAGCAACAAGCCCAGCAGAGUCCGAUAGCUGGCUCGCCAUACGCCCAAUUUAACCCUUACAACAUGUUGGCGAUGGGCCAGUUCCCCUACCCGCAACAGAACUUCCAGCAGCAAAGUCCAGGCGGUUUUUCGCCCCAGCGUCUUCCCACUCUCAACAUUCCGGCUGCUCAAGCAGUCUACAACCCUGCUGCCCUCUCCGGCCUUCUUUCGGCCACUUCCCCAUCGCCAGGCCGCACCGUUUACAUCGGAAAUUUGCCCCCUUCAGCCUCCGUUGACGAGCUUCUAAACCUCGUCCACUUUGGACCCCUUGAAUCGAUUCGUGUUCUUCCGGAAAAGUCUUGCGUCUUCCUCUCAUUCCUCGACGCCCCGACUGCUGCAGCGUUUUUCGCUGAUGCCACCCUCCGCAAGCUCACCCUUCACACUCAGGAGCUCAAGAUCGGCUGGGGUAAACCGUCACCGGUGCCUGCCCAGGUAAUGCAAGCCAUCGCCCAAAGCGGUGCCUCGCGAAACGUCUACCUCGGUGGUUUGGACGAAAACAUGACGGAGGAGCAGCUCCGCGACGAGUUGAGCAAGUUUGGGCUCAUCGACCAAGUCAAGAUUGUCCGCGACAAGAAUAUCGGAUUCGUCCACUUCCUCAGUAUCAGCAUCGCCACCAAGGUCGUCAAUACGCUUCCUACGGAUCCGGCAUGGGCGGGAAAACGCGUUAACUAUGGUAAAGACCGCUGCGCUUAUGUUCCCAAGUCCCAACAAGCUGCCGCCCACCAGGCCCAAGCUGCCGCGGCCCAAUCGCUCCUCCAAUCGGCUGGCGCGUUUGCUAGCCCAAUUGCGACUAUGAAUCCGAACAGCUUUGCCAGCCCGAUUGCGACGACGAACCCGAAUAGCUUUGCGAACGGCUAUGCGAGCCAGCCGGCUAGUGCCCAUCCGGGCGGAGCGGGAGCAGGGGCCAAUCCAUUCACUGGUGGCAAUCCUGCAACUGCUGGACCCAGCAGCGCGCAUCCUGGAAGUGCGGGGUCGACUAACCCGAUUCUGACUGGACAGAUCCCAACGGGCAACGGUCAACUCGCGUCGCCUGCUACUGGGUAUGGUUACAACCCCUCGCCGUUUGGCCAAGAUGCGCUCAGUGCGAUGAUGGGCAUGGGUAUGUUGGGUGGGAUGAUGAGCCCGAUGAGCCCCGGUGGACUGGGUAUGCUGGGUGGUAUGGCUGGCCUUCCUGGUCUGGGCAUGGCUGCCGGCAAUCGCACUGUCUAUCUCGGAAACAUUCAUCCCGAGACUUCUACGGAGGACCUUUGCAAUGCGAUUCGCGGUGGUGUUCUCCAGAGCAUUCGUUAUAUGGCGGACAAGCAUAUUGCUUUUAUAACAUUCAUCGACCCAGCUGCAGCGUUUACUUUCUUCCAAGUUUCUUCGUACCAGGGUUUGACGCUCAACAACCGUCGCCUCAAGAUUGGUUGGGGCAAGAACUCUGGCCCGUUGCCGCCGACAUUGGCGCUUGCCGUGCAUGCUGGUGCGACGCGCAACGUUUAUAUUGGAAACGUGGAGGAUUUCGAAGUUUUCAACGAGGAGCGUUUGAAGGCAGACUUUGGCGAGUUUGGGGACAUUGAGCUCGUCAACUUUUUGAAGGAGAAGAACUGUGCGUUCGUCAACUUCACCAACAUUUCCAACGCAAUCAAGGCUAUCGACGCUAUCAAGACGCGCCCUGAAUAUGCCAAUUUGCGUAUUGCCCAUGGGAAAGACCGUUGUGCCAAUCCCCCGCGGUCAGGGCCACAAGGAGGAGGACGUCGCGCUGCUAGUGGUGCCGGCCCCGCGGCUGGCGAGCCUGUCAGUGCUAUUGAGCCAGAGGGGGAGGUCGACUUUGAGGCUGCUGCUGCCGCUGCUCACGCAGAGUUGGAGGCAGAGCACAAAGAGGAUGGAGCGGCUGAGGUUGCGUCGUAA